AUGGCCAAGAUCCAGCCUCUCCCGGCGGCCUCCUCGCCGGAGUGGCACAGUGGCGGCGGCGGCCUGCCGGGGAAGAAGCAGGCUGUGUGCUACACGGUGUGGAUGAAGUCGCUGGUGUUCAACGGCCAUGGCUGCACGGUGUACGGCUCUGACGGCCGCGUCGCCUUCCGCGUCGACAACUACGGCUGCAGGGGCAGCCGCGACGUCUUCUUCAUGGACACCGCCGGCAACACCCUCAUCGGCAUCCAAGCCAAGAGCUUCGGGAUGCUGAAGAGAUGGGAGGCACGCCGGCACCACGACGGCGACAGUAGUCUCGGGGAGAUGCCGACGACGCCGUGGUUCAGCGUGCAGAGAGGGGGGCGGAGGCGCGGACGAGGAGGAGCCAUGGCCACCGUGACGUUGCACGGCGGCGGCGGCGGCGGGAGGAGGGCGUACAGGAUCGACGGGUGCCCGCGCAAGUCAGAGUACAGGAUCAGCGGCGCCGGCGAGGUGGUGGCGGAGAUGGCGAGGAAGCGGACGGCGUCGGGGGUGGUGCUUGGGGAGGACGUGCUGACGCUGACGGUGGGCCCGGACGCCGAUCACCUGCUCGUCUUGGGAUUGGUCGUCGUCUGUGGCCUCAUGAACCGCGCCAUGUAGCUCGCAAGAUUUCGC